AGUAACUCGACUCUCGGCAUCGUCGUCCCCUACGCCGCCGUUUCGUUUCUUCAAUACGGCAAUGCGACGGAGGCUUGAGGCAGACGACGAAGACGACGACGACAAUGAGGAACCCGAGAUCCCUCUCCACCACAAGCGGCCUUUCGGCGUAGGGCUGAGGCGCAAGAAGAUCGACUUCGUGCGCGCAACAGAAAGCGACUCCACCCUACCAUCCUCAACAUCGUCAGUCGCCAAGGGGAGCCUCGCUGGGGAUUUGUACGCGAGUAUCGUCCUUGGAGAGGGCAGCUCUGUGUCGGCAUCCGCAUCGAGGACAGAGUCGCCCGGAGCCCCGACCGCCGACGACGACGAUGAUGAGGGAGCACGGAAACCCAUCACUUGUCCCGUCUGCGCGCUGCCUAUCAUCACGCCCCUGCGCGAACACGAGGCGUCGCUCGCGCACCAAGUCAGCUUGACGCACUCUCACCCGCCCUCGGGCCUCGACCGCACCCGCAUGGGCCUGCGAACGCUGCAAUCGCAAGGCUGGGACCCGGACGCCCGGCGCGGGCUGGGGCUGGAAGGCGAAGGUCCGAGAUAUCCGAUCAAGGUGGCUGCCAAAGAGGACAACUUGGGCAUCGGAGCGAGCGCUCAGCAGGCAAGUGAGGAGGCGAAGAGGAAGAAGAAGAAGGGGGCAGAACAGGAGCCUGAGGCGCCGCCGCGACAGCAAACGAGAAAGGAGAGAAAGGCACUGGCGGCAAAAGAGAGACAAAGAGCUGAGCGCCUGCAAGCGGAAAUCUAUGGGCGUGUCGACGUUGAGAGAUAUUUGAGGGGAACCGGUACCGACAACGCGAUAUGAAACGACAUUCAUGGUGCACCGGGUAGGUUAUGGAUGACAGACUUUUGCUGGUGUUUUGAUACCCCUGUUUGAGCCAGCUAGAGAUCAAGUGCUUCGUACAUUGUAUACUUCGUACUCGGCUACUGAUAUAACCGGAAUGACGAUCUGGUUGUGCUUCGCGAGGGAAAGAAAAGCUGUGACCGGCUAGUUGAGCUGGAUGAAUGAGUGCCUCCUGCGAUGAAC